GACAACUCUAUCCCAUAACUUUACAAUCCAAAGUCGUCAGCAGUGUUUGCCCUUUCAAAUAUCUUCAAUUGCGCCUGAGAGAAGGCAAUGUGACAGAUGGAUAUCCAGGAAAUCCAACGAGUCCUGACGGACUUUCUCCAAGAACUGUCCACUCUGUUUCACCGUGUCCCCGGUUCUGCGAUUUUCCUCCGUUAUGUCAAAUCCAGUUAUCAGAACGACCCAAUUCGCUCAGCUGUCGAGCUGUUCUUGUUUCUUUUCGCGGUUCGCUAUCUUCUUGCGCCGAAAUACUCGACAAAACCUGGUAUUGUGAAACUCUCGGAAGAAGAAAUUGAUGAUUUGGUGGAUGAAUGGACUCCAGAACCUCUGGUGAGCAGCCCGACGGCUUUGGAAGAGCUUGAGGUUGAGAAAAGAGCAAUCAUUGUAGGCCCGACCGGCCCCAAAGUCAAAUUGUCGAAUGGACGAACUGUGGUGAAUUUGGCAUCUUAUAAUUUCUAUAACUUCACUUCAAACGAAACCCUCAAGGAGAAAGCCGUUCAAACGCUGCGGACUUACGGUGUCGGACCUUGCGGCCCCCCAGGUUUCUACGGUACUCAAGAUGUGCACAUCAAAACCGAAGCGGAUGUUGCUGCCUUCCUCGGCACAGCGGCGUGUAUUAUAUAUGCGCAGGCCUUUUCCACAAUUUCAAGCGUUAUUCCCGCAUUUUCUAAGAGAGGAGAUAUCAUUGUCGCUGAUAAGGGUGUAAGCUAUGCCAUUCGCAAAGGUAUUCAGAUAUCUCGAAGCACUGUGCGUUGGUACGAGCAUAAUGAUAUGGAGGAUCUUGAGCGCGUGCUUGAGAAGGUUACUCGGGAGCAAGCGCGCAAGCCGUUGACUCGACGAUUUAUCAUCACUGAAGGCUUGUUCGAGUCUAUUGGUGAUAUGGUUGAUCUGCCUAAAGUUGUUGAACUCAAAUUCAAAUACAAAUUCCGCCUUAUUUUGGACGAAACCUGGUCUUUCGGAGUUUUGGGUCGCAAUGGUCGCGGUAUCACAGAGUACCAGAAUGUUGAUGCCACUGAAAUUGAUAUGAUAGUCGGUUCUCUUGCUGGUCCUGUAAUUGCGGGAGGCGGUUUCUGCGCAGGUUCCGAAGAGAUUGUUCACCACCAGCGUAUUUCCGCAUCUGCAUACACAUUCUCUGCUGCUCUUCCUGCUCUGUUGUCGACUACCGCUAGUGAAACCAUCAACUUGAUGCAGACCAGCCCCGACCUCUUUGUUCAGCUUCGAUCCAACAUUAAGACUAUGUGGUCACAGCUUGAUCCGCGGAGUGACUGGAUGUACUGUACAAGUGCUCCAGAAAAUCCAAUCAUGAUAAUGGCAAUCAAACCGGAGAUUGUAUCCUCGAGGAAAUUGUCUUUUGAAGACCAGCAGUUUUUGCUGCAAGAUAUAGUUGAUGAGGCUUUGGCAAACGGUGUGCUUAUCACCCGCUUAAAAACCUUGCCUGAUAGUGUGACGCCAAGUCAGCAAGUCCUCCCAUCUCUUAAGAUCUGCCUGACGACCGGCUUGACGAAGCGCGAAGUUGAAAAAGCAGGCACGAUUAUCCGACAUGCGAUCACGAAAGUACUAGGCAAAAAACGAUAAGAUUUAUAAUAUCUUCUGCCUUGCUAUAACUACGACUUCUCCUGCGUUGUAUUCUUAUAAUAUAAUUUAUAUCCAUGGCAACUGGACAGUUUCUUGCUCCUAAUUGACGACUCUGUUAUGUCUUCAGUCUCGUUUGGUUGUAUUAUCGAACGGACUUCCGAGUCCCUCAAAAGCCUGAAUCGUCGUUUUCUUUCUCUUUGAACGAAUCAUGUUAACAUUAAUAGAGUACAUAUAUUUUUAAUUUGGUGAUGCUUGAAAAUGACAGGAACGAAUUCUUGCAGGCAAACUCUUCUUCUAACCAUAUUGUCAAUCCAAUAUAAUAAUGCAUGAGUCGACCUCGG